AUUUUCUUGUAUUCUGUUCUGCGUGGUCAUCGUCCGUCGCCAUUUAAAACCCGUCGCAGCAGCACCCCUUCCCCCUUUCUUUCUUCCUCUUCGGUUCCACGACAUCCCCCUUCACUUCUUACGCGGUAGGAUCCUUGUGAUCCUAUCGUCGUCGGGCUGCUACGUCCGAGCCGAUUUAUCUAUGUGAUCCUAUAGCGCCUGUGGUCAAUCGGAACUCGGAGUUCGUCGCCUGCGAACCACCUUUUGAUCGAUCUGAGUGUAGAUCUAUUGGGAAAUAGUAUCGAGAGAGAGGAUGUCAAAGGUGGUUUACGAGGGAUGGAUGGUGCGUUAUGGAAGGCGGAAGAUUGGGCGAUCGUUCAUCCAUAUGCGGUACUUCGUGCUCGAGACCAGAGUACUCGCGUACUACAAGAGGAAACCUCAGGAUAACGUGGUGCCGAUCAAGACACUUCUUAUAGAUGGAAACUGCAGAGUGGAGGAUAGAGGGCUUAAGACGCACCAUGGUCAUAUGGUUUAUGUUUUAUGUGUUUACAACAAGAAAGAGAAGUAUCAUCGAAUUACGAUGGCGGCGUUUAACAUUCAGGAGGCUCUGAUCUGGAAGGAAAAAAUUGAGCUUGUUAUUGAUCAGCAAGAUUCUACAACAGCUACUGGAAACAAGAUAUUUUCUUCAUUUCCAUAUAAAUCAGCGGUGGAUAAUGGAAGGAAUGUUUCCUCCUCUGACCGGGAUAGUCAGUGUAGUCCUGAAGAAGAAGAAGAGGAAGAGAGCCAUCCUACUUUGUCAAGGAGAACAACCAUAGGAAAUGGCCCUCCUGAUUCCAUACUUGACUGGACCCGUGAUGUUGAUUCAGGCUUGUCGAAUGACAACAAUUCUGAUCAAGUCUUCUCUAGGAAACAUUGGCGUCUAGUGAGAUGCCAGAAUGGGCUUCGCAUUUUUGAGGAGCUUGUAGAAGUAGACUAUCUUCCAAGGAGUUGUAGUAAAGCAAUGAAGGCUGUUGGCAUUGUGGAAGCUACAUGUGAAUCUAUUUUCCAGCUUGUGAUGAGGAUGGAUGGAACACGUUUUGAGUGGGAUUGCAGCUUUCAGUAUGGCAGUUUGGUUGAGGAGGUGGAUGGUCAUACUGCGAUACUCUAUCAUAGGCUGCAGCUGGACUGGUUUCCAGUGUUUGUGUGGCCUCGUGAUCUAUGCUAUGUGCGCUAUUGGAGACGUAAUGAUGAUGGAAGUUAUGUUGUUUUAUUCCGUUCAAGGGAGCAUGUAAAUUGUAGUCCACAACCAGGAUUUGUUAGAGCCCAUGUUGAGAGUGGGGGAUUCAAGAUUUCUCCCUUGAAACCACGUGAUGGGAGAGUACGGACACAAGUACAGCAUCUUAUGCAAAUUGAUCUGAAAGGAUGGGGUGUUGGUUAUCUCCCAUCAUUUCAGCAACAUUGUUUGAUUCAGAUGUUGAACAGCGUUGCUGGGCUCCGUGAAUGGUUCUCUCAAACAGAUGAAAACCAUGAUGUAUCAAAGAUUCCAUUGAUGGUCAAUAUGACUGCACAAACAAUUUCUAUUAAGAAGGAUAGGAAAACACAGGAAAAUUCUGUUCAUCCUAAUUCUUCACUGUAUCAUAUGCAAGCUGCUAGCAGACAUUCUGUCAUAUUGGAUGAAGAUUCUGAUGAAGAUGAAGAUUAUCAAAUUCCAGAGCCUGAACAAGAGGCUUACCCAGUCAAACUUGAAAAUGAUCUUAAAAAGGCUGUUUUGGAUGAGGAACCUUCAGAAUCAAUUGAUUUAUCAGAAUUUUCUGGCAAUUUACGGCAUGAUGACCGUGAUAAAAGCCGUAACUGUUGGAGAAUAUCUGAUGGGAACAAUUUCAGAGUUCGAAGUAAACACUUCAUAUAUGACAAAACCAAGAUACCUGGAGGAAGGCAUCUUAUGGAGCUUGUAGCAGUUGAUUGGUUUAAGGAUGCCAAGCGAAUCGACCAUGUUGCUAGGCGAAAAGGCUGUGCAGUUCAGGUGGCCUCAGAGAAGGGACUGUUCUCUUUGGUGAUAAAUGUGCAAGUUCCAGCUUCAACUCAUUACAGUAUGGUAUUCUACUUUGUGUCAAAACCAUUGGUUCCUGGAUCAUUACUGCAGCUUUUUGUUGACGGUGAUGAUGAGUUCCGAAACAGUAGGUUCAAGCUUAUUCCAGCAGUUCCUAAGGGCUCCUGGAUUGUGCGUCAGAGUGUUGGAAGCACUCCAUGUUUAUUAGGCAAAGCAGUUGAUUGUACCUACAUUCGUGGAUCAGAAUACCUCGAAAUCGAUGUUGAUAUUGGUUCUUCUACAGUGGCUAAUGGGGUAUUGGGAAUUGUUUUUGGUGUGAUUACAACAUUAGUAGUUGACAUGGCUUUUCUUGUGCAGGCAAACACUUAUGAUGAGCUUCCGGAACGGCUUAUUGGUGCUGUUCGGGUAUCACAUGUGGAGCUGUCAUCUGCCAUAGUACCAUCGUUUGAAGCUAAUUCUCCAGAUGGAUGAACAUUAGUUGUUGAUCUAUCCAAUUCAUUGACCUGUGGAGGUGUCAUCUGCCAUGGUAAUAACUACCAUCAUUUGAAGCUAAUUCUUCAGAUGGAUGAACAUUAGUUGUUGAUCUAUACAAUUCGUUGAUCUGUUGUCACCCCUAUCAGUGCUUGUUAUCUACCACCAAGAGCCACCUCAUACAAGAGAAUCAUUCUGGAACUGCGUCAACUCUCCACUCAUUCAAGUUCGCCCAUUUACAUUAUUGUAUAGGAUGUGCACAUGGUUGGGGGGUUUUCACAUACUUUUACAUGACUGAAUUGUCUUUGCUGAUAUCUGCGUCCCAUUGCCUCUUUAGUCUUUGGUCCAACAAUCAUUUGUGUAUUCAUGAAAUAUCUCCUCCUUUACUUGAGGAAAAUCUUAUGUAGCUUUUUCA